UCGCGGUUGCGCCAACUGGAGGAUGUAGCUAGCGGAGCAGCGGAUGGACAGCUCGCUCACAACAAUAACACCAACUAAAUCUGCGACUCCACGUCUUCCAUUCGGACUCUAUCCUUCUGGGACGCCCUAAGCAGCUGCUGCUCCGACCGGGCCGGGCCGAUCCUCGUCUCCCGCGGACGAUGGGAGCGAGGUUUGGUGUGUAUUUGCAGGGCUCCUUGUUGCAGGAACAGGAAUCAUGGCCGGCCAGCUAGGCCGCACACAGACACAGCCGUGCUGCUGAUGCUCUGCUUUUCUCCCGGAUUCUCCUCCAAACCGCUGCCUGAGAACUCCAUUCUUUUAGCUUUUCAUCCUCUUUGCUCUUUGCCGUCUCCUUUGGGGCGAGGGCGGUGAAGACUGUGCAGCUUGUGGUCCCGGUUUCUCCGCAACCUUGACUGGUGUCGGCUGGUUUUCCGCCAGUCCCAGCCCCUCCGGCCGCUCACGGCGGCUCUGCAACACAAACCCACACAAACCCCCGCGGUCAGACGGGUUUAUUCCAGGCUCUGACCUGCAUCUGUGCUGUAUCUGAAGUUGACGUUUUCAGCUUCUCUUCCUGGAUGAAUGUGGGACAAAAUGGAGACUCCGACGAUCGUGUACGACCUGGACACCUCCGGGGGUUUGAUGGAGCAAAUCCAGACCCUGCUGGCGCCCCCGAAGUCCGAGGAGGUGGAGAAGCGGAGGAAGCUGGUGCGGGACGUCCGGAGGAGCGGCAGAGCCACCAACCACGACACCUGCGACAGCUGCAGGGAGGGGGGGGACCUGCUGUGCUGCGACCACUGCCCCGCAGCCUUCCACCUGCAGUGCUGCAACCCUCCUCUUAGUGAAGAAAUGCUGCCCCCAGGGGAAUGGAUGUGUCAUCGCUGUAAUGUUAGAAAAAGGAAGCGGGAGCAGAAGGCCGAGCAGACCAACGGCCUGCCGGAGAAGUUCUCCUCCUCUAAAUGCCUGCCGUCUCCGGCCGUGGAGCUGGAGCUGAGCGCCGGGCCGCUGCGGCUGGACGGCCUGCCCCCCGGGGCCGGGGCGGCGGGGCCCGGGCUCCGCGUGGCCCAGGUCCGUCUCCUGGACCGCCGGACUGGCAGCCGGCCCAGCAGCCGGCCCGGGACCCCGACCUCCAAUGCCUCGUCCACCCCCACCCCCUCCGAGGAGCAGAACGACGGGGAGGAGGAGGCGGCGGAGCCCGAGGACGACGCUCAGAGCGCCGACCUGGAGGGCGUGGCGUUGACGUCUCCGCCGCCGCCGCGCCUGCUCAAGCGGCCGUUCCAGCUGCUGAUCGCCGCGGCCAUGGAGAGGAACCCCACGCAGUUCCAGCUGCCCAGCGAGCUCACCUGCACCACCGCACUGCCCGGCAGCAGUAAACGAAGAAGGAAAGAGGAGCUUCUAGGACGACCGUUCAGACGGCCCCAGCACGAGCUGGAUCCCAACGGUCUGGUCCCGCUACCCGUCAAAGUCUGCUUCUCCUGCAACAGGAGUUGCAGGUUGGCUCUGCUGGUCCAGUGUGAUUAUUGCCCGCUCCUCUUCCACAUGGACUGUCUCAACCCUCCGCUCACAGCGUUACCUGCGGGGAAGUGGAUGUGUCCCAACCACGUUGAGCACAUAGUGCUCAACCAGAGGAGCCUGAGUCUGUCCAGACGCUGCCAGCUCUUCGACCAGUUUCAGGACAGGAUGUCCCAACAUGCCGUCAAAGUGGACUUCCUCCGUAGAGUGCACCGGCAGAACGCUCCGAACAGACGCUCCUUCCACCAGAAGAACAAGAACACCAUCAAGGUGCCAGAUGCCAUCAAGUUCCAGUACCAGAACCCUCCGCCCCUGCUCCUGCCUGCACGCGUGCGGCAGCUGGAGCUGGUGUGCAGCAGCGUACCGGCCCAUCAGACCUCCAUGUACCUCACAUCAGAGGCCGAGCAGCAGGAGUGGCUCCAGGACGUGAUUGCGCUCCAAUGCAGCAUCAUGCGUCAUCUCUCCAAGCAGCGUGCCGGGUCCCCCCCCUCGUCAGCAGAACUGGACUGUGAACAAAACACGGCAAAAUCCCGCGCUCCGUCGGUGGACAUGAAAACUCAGGCUUCAUUAAAAAGGACUUCUUCCCCCGACCCGUGCUCCAAACCCAGCGCCGUCACCGACGGCAAUCCAGGGGCCCCCCUGGCCCGGGACCCCCAGGUGGAGCUGGGGGUCUGCAAAUGCCACACACCCCCGUGUCAGAACUGUAGGAAACCCAACGGAUCUUUGGCCGAGUUUGAACCCCCCAAGGCCAAAAGAUCGGUAGAUUGUAACGUCACCCCGGCCCCCUCGGCCCCCUGCAGACAGGCCGAGCUGCAGCACAGACUAAAGCCCCCCACGGCAGAGCCAGACGCAGCUCCGGCCCUGGAGCUGAUGAACCACAUAGGAACAGAGCUGGUUAAGAGGGAGCACGGGGGUGUCACGGAGGCCUCUGCCCAGAAGAACUGCCCCGCCGCCCCCACCCUGUGGCCUCACGGCAGCCAGCAGAACCACAGCAGCAGCAGGACGGAGCUGCAGGAGGAUUGGAGGAGCAGUGAGAAGAACGCCGGCUACUCCAGCUCCAGCAGUCCUCCUGCAGGACACCCGGCACACAGCUCCACUAAGCUGACGACAUCGUCUCCAACUACAGGUACAACUACAGACAUGAAGGUUGGGCAGGGACUGAUGGACAGACUGCUCCCCGGUGCACCGUCUUCUCUCUCCAGCCUCUCCUCCUGCAUGAAGGAUGAGAAGGAGAGCAUCGGGAUUGACAUGGAUAAGAUCGAUGCAGAGAUGAUCAAGCUGCUGGCCUUCCAGAGGAUCCAGCAGCUCUUCUCCUCCAAAGUGAGCAGCGCUGCAGCUCCAGCUCCAGCUCCACCUCCACCCCCCAGCAGCGCUGCCUCCAGAACCUCCUCACCCCCCCCUGACGGUCAGAAGAAGGUCCAGGCCCGAGCCGUCUUCUACCCCCUCACCGGGACCGGAGGAGCCGUCAACAUGUGCUACAGGACCUUGUACAUCGGAUCUGGUGCUGACAUGGACGUGUGCCUUACCAAAUACGGCCACUGCAACUAUAUAUCGGGGAAACACGCCUGUAUUUUCUAUGACGAGAACACCAAGCAUUACGAGCUGCUGAACUACAGCGAGCACGGCACCACGGUGGACAACGUCCUCUACUCCUGUGACUUCUCUGAGAAGGCCCAGCCGUCGGCCCCCAGCGGCCUGGUGUCCAAGGUGCAGGGAAUCAUCCGUCGCAGUAAGAAGCCGGGGGAGGCCCAGGAGUCCGGUGGCCCCGCGGUAGCCGGCCCCGCGGUAGCCGGCCCCGCGGUGGCCCUGCUGCCGGCCGGGGGGGGUGAUGAGCAGCCGGCCCCAGGACGGGCCGGGGCCCCCGUGCGGCUGCAAGGCCAGCAGCUCCAGCCUGAUCGGGGGCAGCGGGGCGGGCUGGGAGGGCACGGCGCUGCUGCACCACGGCAGCUACAUCAAGCUGGGCUGCCUGCAGUUCGUCUUCAGCGUGGCCGAGUUCGCCAGCAAGCAGCCCAAAGAGGAGCAGCCGCUCCCGCACGCCGCCGGCUGCCCCGGCACCGGCACCGGCGGCAGCUCCGCCCCCAUCUCCACCUCCACCUCCCCCCCCAACACGGCCACGGUGAGCAGCCCGUCCAGCCAGGACGAGGCGGACGCCGACGCCGUCCCGCCCCUGCAAGUGCCCAUACUGCGCUCUAACUCUGUCCCCUAACCCACGCAGGAAACACACCCCAUCCCCUUUUUUCUUUCUUUUGCACCUUCCAAGUCACGAUGAAGGGAAAGCUGCACAGCUGGUUGGUCAACAGGGAAAAGUUUAUUUUUUCAUUUUUAAUGGUUUAUAUCUUUGCAUGAACUUGAAGUAUUAUUGACAAUCUCAUGUUUGUGAACGACUGACAAACCCUUGUAUUCACUUCUGACCAUUAGGACUUUGAGUGAGCAUUACUUAUCUGCGCUCAGUAUUUUUAUUUUCUUUUUCCAUUUUCUUAGUUAUGUAUGGUGUAACUGUACCGUCGGUCCGCUCAUUUAGCACAAACCUUUUACUUUUGUAGUAUUGAAUCCAUACAUUCUAAUUUCUGUUGCUGCUUUUUGCACCACGAGUAGCUGUAUAUGUAUGAAAACAUACAUGCUUACACACUAUAUUGUGUAUAUAUAUAAUUCUGUGUCUCUCAGUUGGAGAAACAUUGGAUUUCAUGUAGAUUUGCCAUUUUUUGGUUUUUAACUGUACAGUCCAUUGAAUUUGUGAUACUGUGUAGAGUACCAGAGGUUUUGUGAUAAAACUUGUUCUUAGCCUGUACUUUCCACUGUAGUCCCUGUAAAUACCAUAUUGUUUUAGCACUCAUUUUAACAUCAUGUGCUGCUCUGUACAUAAGCAUUCUUUGUCUGUACCUACUUGUCUGUUAAGACCUGUAAAUACAGAAAGAUUUUCUAAUAACAAACUCUGUGCAUUCAUGUUCCUAUUGAGUUUUUUUGUGGCUCCACUUCUUCGGUCUUUUGGUUUUCCUUAUUUAGGCAUUAAAGGUGCUUGAAAGGUUUCUAAAUAGUGGUUUACUUGUGUCAUAAACUACGGAAGAGUAUUAGGGCCAGGCAGGAGAAAAAUAAAAGUAAUAUUUCAGAGGAAGAUUUUUUUCUUUCAUUAUGCACUUCGAGAAAAAAGUGGAAAUGUUGAGAAUAAUAUUGAAGUACGAUUUCGAGGGAAAAAGUCAAUGUUGAGAAAAGUCAAAACCUCUACUUGAAUUACGGUAUGCUAGGUUGGUAACGACAAGGUUCAGAAUACAAGAAUUGGCUUUACGGUAUUGAUUUGAAACACAUAUCACACACAUGCAGUUAUAACUUCAGAAACGUACCGUUAACGUUCCACUCCAAGGAUGUUAAUUAGUUAGUUACAUAGUUACAUAGUUACAUAGUUACAGCUGCUGCUGCAGAGCUGUCAGUCUCUAACUGGAUUUGAUGGAGGAGACAUUUACACUUUAUUCACCAAAUUGUAUUUCAACUUUACAGGACU